AUGCUCACGCGGUCGCGCGCCAAGGCGUCCAAGCAGCCCGUGUUCAUCGACGACCAGUGGAACGACGCGUACAUCCAGACGAAGGACGAGCAGAUCGACGCGAUGCUGGCGGCCGACGCGUCGACGCGCAGUUGGGACGAGCUCGAGGAAGAACACUCGGACGACAGCGAGGGCAACGACGAAGACGGCGACGUGUGGCGCUCGGACUCGGACGAGUCGGAGGACAAUGACGACGAUUGGCUCGUGCGUCCAGGCGCGUCGACGGCGCCCAGUUUCGCGCAGCAGUGGCUCGCGAGCGGCUCUUUGCUGCAAAACGUGAUCUGGACGCUCGCUGUCGUGCUGGUAGCGCCUGUGCUGCUGUACGUGUCGGUGCCUCAUCACACGGAGAAGCUGUGGCCGCUGCAGAGUCCACGACUGGCUGCGAUGCUGCUGAAAGUGCUGCUGAACGUCCUGACGCUGACGGCUGUAGCGAUGGCGCUGUACGGCGUGUCCUGUAGCUCCAAGCCCCUGACACUGAGCUCUGUGAUGAACUGGAGACAACUGCAGCUCGAGCCGCCUGCAGAGUGCGGAGAGCGCUUGCUGGACGACGGAGCGGGGCUUCUGUUGCUGGUUAAGGAAGUGGUGGCCGUUGCACUGAACUCAGACGCGCCGUUGGGGCAGCUGGACGACAGCGUUCGGGCACUUGUGAUGAGCAUCGAUGUGUCUGUGGUGCGGCAACUGGUGGUGCUGGUUGCCGGCGUGUUGGUGACGGGCAUUUGCUUCCACCGUUUGUGGACCAAGAUGCUGGUGUUGCUGCUCGCUGCGAGUAUUGUGGCACUGAACGUGGUGACGGAACUGAAGAUGCAACAGCGAGCCGCUGUCGAGAUCUUCUCGCUGGACCCCACCUUUGCUUUUGUCAACGAGAGCAUCUUUGUUGCUAUCGACGGACAGAAUCUUGAGGAGGGCGGGUCUGUAGCAUGGGCGUCCUAUUGGGGAGGGGUGCAGCUGAAGCAGGCGCAACUCUGCUCGAAGCUCUACCCGCAGCAGCUUAGCAACGGUGGUGUGCUUGUGACGUUUAAUCAUGUCAACGAGUACAUUCCGUGCUACCUUGGCGCGAAGGAGACUGCUUCUGCUGUUAUAAUCGACGGCGAAAUCCAGCCCUCGAAGGCAUUUCAGUGUUUCGAGAGCAUCCGGCUGCGUGUCAAAGAUCAGAAAAGCGUGCCAGGCUGGUCACUUACUCAGCACGAGCAGGAGGAAGCAAUUUCGACGGAGAAGCAAGAACUGUGA